GCACCACCGUUCCAAGGCGACCACUGGUAUCAGGAAUGGAAUCCAACUUUUUAUGCUGAUCCUCAAAGCCCUUUCUCUGUCUCUGUCUCUCCUUAGGCACACUGGCCCCGUGCUGUUCUCCACCCUCCUCAGGAGUUACCCUAGCUGUUUCCUUUUGCCUGGAAGCCCUGCCAAUGCCUUUCCUUGGCUGCCUCUUGCAUUCCUUCAGGAGCCACCCUUUAAGAGAGGCCCUCUGGACUCCCCAUUUAAAAUUCUCUCCUCUCUCAGUCACUCUCUGCCAUCACCCCCACUCCCUCCAUCUACCCAUCUUCCAGGAAACCUCAUCUGACUUCCCAUCCUGGGUUAGAUGUUUCAAUGUGCAAAACUACUCUAGGGUUACACUCUAUAUUUUGAUUUUCCUCACAGCAUAUCUCUCUCUCUAAAAAUCAUCUUGUUUAUUUGUUUUCUUGCCCAUUGCCUCUGCCCAUCAGACUGUAAGCUCUGGGAGGACAGAGUGCUUGUCUGCAUUCAUCACUUUUAUAUCCUGUUGACUAGAAGAAUAUUUGGCACUUAAAAAGGUGUUUGCUCAAUAAAUACUACCAGAGUAAGUAAAUAAAUGUCACCUCCUGAGGUUUCUUCUCAUCUCUAGUCUUAGAGUAACCGUCAAGUCCUGUCUGAUAUCCCCCAGCACCCUGUUCUUUUCCUCAUGGCUUUUCAGGUAGUUUGCCGUGAUCUUGGUUUACUUGUUCAGUGUCUCCCUUUUGAGCUGUCUUUUCCAUUUAGUUCGUCAUUGGGCCUCCAGCCCCUUGAACUGUGUCUGACACCAAGCAGGCUUUCCAUGAACAUUUGGGAAAGAACAGAUGGGCAGGUGGCUCUCUUUCACCAAGGCACCGGGGUGGGGGCUUGCGUGCACACCUGUGACUCACAAGAAGUCACCUUCACUUGCAGCGCCAGUUGACACACAACUGUGACCAAGAUUUAGGGGGUGUGGGGAUUUGGGCCAAGAAGGAGUCAUCAUCCCAGAGAGAGGUGUGGAAGCAAGAAUGGGCAGAAUGACAACCUCUUCCUUCCCCAAACCUCCAUGGGCACUCAGUUUGCUAAGCCCCUGGCACGGAUAAGCGUGAGGCCCUCCUGCUCGCAUGGCCCGGGUGAGGUGGAACAGAAAAGAGGUUGAGCGUACAGAUGGGGAGAUUGGAAUGAACCAAGACCAAAAACCAGAUACUAAGUAAACAAAGAGGGACAAACCUAACACGUAUAAUCAAGGUGCGGGGAAACAGUGCACAAAUAAAACCAGGACUGCAAAGGGACCGAUUUGGUACAACUUUACAAUCAUUGGUAUGAAAAGAUAGAUGCAAUCAAAAUUUUUGUAGAAAAUCUGAAGCAUCAAAACUGGUGCAAAAAGAAGUGGCAAAUCUGAGUAGGCCAAUAACAAGAGAAGAAACAGAUUUAAGAUCUGUCCUUCCAAAGGCUGAUUCAGAUCUGGACGAUUUUAUGGGCAAGAUCUGCUGAAGCAUGGGGAACAAAUAUUUGCCAUCCUGUAGGAACUGUUGCAGAUCCUGACCAGAGCUGGGAAACCCAGUGGCAGCUCCUGUGAAGAGUGACUCUGGGUCAGGCACUCGCUCUGAGGCCCUGCAAGGUGACAGGCACACUGUGUGUACACACGUGGCAUGCUUCUUGGGAGUGCUCUGGGGACCUGUGAUAAAUCAGUAGUGGAAACCGCCUUGACGUACUGAGGAAACCUGCACCGCCACAUGACCAAAACCAGCAGAGGAUGGCAAGGAAAGGACAACUCCAGAUUCAUCUCGUGUAUGGGGAUAGAUGCCAAAAUCCUAAAUCAAAUCACGGCAAAUGGGAGUGAAGCACUGAGGAGAGGGACUGAGGCUGACAGAGGAUGAAGGUGAUAUUUGAACCAAGAAGAAAAUGAGGGGGAACCCACCUUGUGAAGAUCUGCAUUCUACAUUCCAGGCAGAGAGAACAGCAAGUGAAAAGGCCAUGAGGCCAUGAAUGAGCUGGGGCGGUCAUCCAGGCGGAUCCACAGGCCAGCACGGAGGGGUCGCAACCACGACCUUAACAUCUGGAGCUUCGGUCAACAAGCCCUUCAUCGACUUUCCAACUCUGUGGAAGGGAACCAACGGCCAGCCCCCAGCUGAUGGCCAUGGCAUCUCUGGCUCUCAGGGCAAUCCUGGAGGUCCAAGGACUCCCUGGGACCAGGUAUACGCUGGGGGCUCAGGUGGCGGCUUUGGAACCAACUCUCAAGGAGGCUCCUGGGGCCAAGGAGGCCAUGGAGGGCCAUUCAACUUGGGGACCAACACUCAGGGAGCUGUGGCCCAACCUGGUUAUGGGUCAGUGAGAGGCAGCAACAACCCAAAUACAGAGUGCACCAACCCCCCGCCAUCCGGCUUGGGUGGAAGCUCCAGCCACUCUGGGGGAAGCAGCGGCAGUGGCAGUGGUGGCAGCAGUGGCAGCGGCAGUGGUGGCAGCAGCAGCGGCAGUGGCGGUGGUGGCAGCAGUGGCCAUGGUGGCAGCAGUGGCAGUGGCGGCAGCAGCAGUUCUGGACCCAGCUGGGACCAACCCUUGGAAAACUCUAGGAAUUUUGAUCAAGGGGUCUACACGGGCUCCCAGGGAUACGGCAGCAGCUCAGGUAGCAGUGGUGGAAGUGGUGGCGGAAACAAACCCGAGUGUAACAACCCAGGGAAUGAAGUCCGUGAGUCCGGAGCAUCCAGGAGUCAGGGGCAAGGGUCCAGUGGAGCAGGUGAAGCCGUCAGUGGAAUCAACACCUUGGACUCUCCGACAACUCCUGGGCCCUUCAACUUCGAAGCUUUCUGGAAGAAUUUUAAAUCCAAGCUGGGUUUCAUUAACUGGGAUGCCAUAAACAAGGGCCAAGCCCCACCCCCCAGCACUCGCGCCCUCCUCUACUUCAGCCGACUCUGGGAGGACUUCAAACACUACACUCCUUUCUUGAACUGGAAAGCAAUUCUUCAGGGUGCUGAGGCGUCCUCGUCGCUCCAGAAGAGGGCAGGCGGCGCUGGCCAGCCUGGCGCAGGAUGGCAAGACGUGGUACCUGUAACUUCUAAGAACAACUAUAACCAGCAGGCACACCCUAACGCCUCUGGCGGGCAGUACGCAACCAAGAUCCCUGCUAAGGGGGGAGUCACGCCGUCUUCCUCGGCGUCCCGGGUGCAGCCUGGCCUGCUGCAGUGGGUGAAGUUUUGGUAGAAAAUCACUUCCAAUAGCGACUGAGGCCCCGAAAAACACCAAUCACCAGCUCUUGGUCUGGGUGCUGCCACCUGCUUUUUCUAGCCUGGGGGGCCUGUCUGUCCCGUCCCCCCCCCUCCACUGUGGGGUCUCCUUGACCACCAGCCUCAUCGGAUACACCAGGCAUUUCUUCACCUGCUCUAUUUUGUGACCUCAGGUCACCACGCCAGACAUUCAGGAGACGCAGCCUACUUUAGAGUUUCUCUGUGGAAAUAAAACAUGAAUCUUGUUUCCCUAA